UUAGUAUCCAAAGGAACUUUAGACAUUCAACAGUGUUGGGACUGUGAUAUAAUAUGGAGAUCUUUGAAGUUAGGAUAAAUAUGUUUUGAAAUCAUUGGUAGAAUGGGAGCCUGUGGCAAUCUGAAUAUGCUUGGCCCAUGGGAAGUGGCACUAUUGGGAGGUUUGAGCCUAAUCAAAAGAGGUGUAGCCUUGUUAGAGUAAAUAUAUGACUAAGAGGGUAGGUUUUAUGAUCAGCUACUGCUUAAGCUUUACCCAGUGUAGAGAGCCUUUUCCUGGCUGCCUGUGGAAGAAAGUCUCCAAUUGGAUCAAGAUUUAGAGCUCUCAGUUCCUCGAGCGCCCUCUGUACCUACAGGCCACCAUCUUUCUGCCAUAAUGAUAAUGGACUGAAUCUCUGAAACUGAUGCAUUAACCUAUGAAGAUGUGCAUGUAAACUUCUCUCAGGAAGAAUGGGUUUUGCUGGAUCCUUCUCAGAAGAGUCUCUACAAAGAUGUGAUGCUGGAGACCUACUGGAACCUUACUUGUAUAGGCUACAAAUGGGAAGCCCAUGAUAUUGAAGAAUAUUGUCAAAGUUCAAGAAGACAUGGAAGGUAUAUCAGCUGUCCCUCUGGAUAUGGAAAGAAGCAGUGUACCAAUCUCUUUCCUGAAACAAUUAGAAAAUAUGUAGAUAUUCCUUUUGUGAGAAGAGAAGGUGAAUGUGAUACAAGUUUACAAGUACUUGGUUUUCCCCCUUCAGUGGAAAAACAUCAAAAUAUUGACAUUGGAGGAAAGCCCUGUGAGUACAAGGAAAGUGGAGAAUCUUCUGUCUGUCCUGGUUCACUUUGCACAUGUAGUGUGGCUCACACUAUAGGAAAAUGUUAUGAAUGCAAUCAGUGUGGUAAAUCUCUGAAUUCCUCCAGUUCUCUUCAGAGAUGUGACCAAACUCAUAUGGGAAAAGGAAGUGAUAACUGUGAACUAAGUAGUAACAGCUUAACCCAUCACAGGCAUCCUCAAAUACAGAAGACAACCUAUAAUGAAAAGGACCUCUAUGAGUGGAAUCAAUGUGGUAAAUCCUCUUUAAAAUUACACCAAAGAACUCACUUGGAAAUGAAAUACUCCAAAUGUAAUCAAGGAGAUAAAGCCUUUGCAUUUCUGAGUCAUCAUUAUGUAGGUAGAACUAAUACUACAGAAAAAAAUUAUGAAUAUAACCAAUGGGGUAAAGCUCUUCCAUAUCCCAGUUAUCUUCAAGUACAUGAAAGAAUUCAUAUUGGAAAGAAUCCUUAUGAAUGUAAUCAAUGUGGGAAAGCCUUUGCAUAUAAAAGUCAUUUUCACAAGCAUGAAAGAACUCAUACUGGAGAGAAACCCUAUAAAUGUAAUCAAUGUGGUAAAGCCUUUUCAUCUAACAGUAAUCUUCAAAGGCAUAAAAGAAUUCAUACUGGAGAAAAACCCUAUGAAUGUAAUCAGUGUGGUAAAGCCUUUGCAUAUCGCAAUAGUCUUAACAUUCAUGAAAGAAAUCAUACUGGAGAGAAACCUUAUAAAUGUUAUCAGUGUAGUAAAGACUUUGUAAGUAACAGUAAUCUUCAAAUACACAUAAGAAUUCAUACUGGAGAGAAACCCUAUGAAUGCUAUGAAUGUGGUAAACAUUUUUCAUCUAACAGUCAUCUUCAAAUGCAUGAAAGACUUCAUACUGGAGAGAAACCCUAUAAAUGUAAUCAAUGUGGGAAAACCUUUGCAUAUAGCAGUAGUUUUCACAUGCAUGAAAGAACUCAUACUGGAGAGAAACCUUAUGAAUGUAAUCAGUGUGGUAAGGCCUUUGCAUACUGCUGUCAUCUUCAAAGGCAUGAAAGGUGUCAUACUAGAGAGAAACCUUAUGUAUGUAAUCAGUGUGGUAAUGCCUUUGCAUAUCUCAGUAGUCUUCACAAGCAUGAAAGAAAUCAUACCAGAGAGAAAUUCUUUGAGUGUAAUUAAUGUGGCAAAGCCUUUGCAUGUCUCAGGACUCUUCAAAAGCAUGAAAGAAUUCAUACUGACAAAAAAAAAAAAAAUCCC